AUGUCCACGACUCAACCCGCCACUGAACCCAGCCCUGGGAUUGAAACCAGCCACGUCACAAGCGUUGCAAAAACGCUCGCGAAGCUCGCAACAUCCCUAACAAUCAACCAAGGGUCAAACGAAGCUCUCGAAUCAGGGCCAUUUCCCGCUGCCCACGUGGCUCAAGGCCUCGAGCAGAAACCAAUGGAGGCCGCCGUUGCCGCGGAUCUGGCAUUCAGUGCCCGAGAGGCCGCAUUAAGUUCUUCCCUAGGGAGCGUAGCGGUGCGCGCAGGGCGUGACCUAGGGAAUCCUGGGUCGAGGCAGCUUUCCGGAAAAUUCGGGCGACCUGGUAACGCGAAAUCUGUCAAGAGGUGGUCAAGCGGGAAUGCGGAGGCGCGGUCAUGGGACGCAGAUGCGAUGACCACGGGAAAUCCUCGAGGGUUUGGACGUCAAAACGGCUCGUCGUUCUGUCGCAGCCGGAGACGAUCUGCUGAGAUGCGGAUCGGAGACCCGCUGGACGAUCAAAGGCGGAGAUCCGAGUCGGAUCGCCGGCUGGUUUGCCGGUCGGCAAACGGCUCGCCGUCAGAUUCUUCCGAUCCGCGCGCGAUCGACCGCGAGAUGCUGGAGCGCGCGGUGCAGCUGGCGACGUCCUCCGCGGGGCUCACUGCGCCGCACCCCUUCGCGGGGCGGUGGAGGCGGCGGGGAAGCGGCGCGCGGAGCGACCGCGUAUCUGAAUCUGGAGCCCGGGAUUGCCAUGGCGACGAUACCGCCGUGCAUGCUCUCAUUCAGGCGGGCGUGGCGCGAGUGGUGGUGGGGCUGCUGAACCCGCUGCCGCACCACCACGGCAGGGCAGUGGCCAUGCUGCGACAGGCGGGCGUCACGGUGGACGUGCUCGGGGAAGGGGACCUGGCCCACCCGGACAUGCACGGCGUGGUGCGGAGCUGCCGCGGGGUGAACGAGGCGCUGCUGUUCCGCGCGCACACAGGCCUGCCCUUCUCCAUCCUCAAAUACGCCAUGACGCUCGAUGGCAAGAUAGCAGCGUCCACGGGGCACGCGGCGUGGGUGACGAGCCGGGAGGCGCGGCAGCGAGUGUUUGACGUGCGCAGCCUGUCAGACGCCAUUAUCGUUGGGGGCAACACCGUGCGCCGUGACAAUCCCCGGCUGACAACGCGCAGGGAGGGCGGGCACGUGCCAGUCCGCAUAGUCAUGUCGCGCUCGCUGCGUCUCCCCGAGGACGCCAACCUGUGGGACGUGGCCAUCGCGCCCACCGUCGUCAUGACGCAGCGCGGCGCCAAGGGCGACUUCUGCGCGCGCCUGCGCGCCCGCGGCUGCGAGGUGGUGGAGUUUGACUUCCUCUCGCCGCGCGCUGUCAUGGAGUACUGCCACCAGCGCGGCUUCAUGCAG